GGAGCAAGGGAUCUAGGACUCAACUCAACAAGGGACAAAAUGAAUGAAUAUACGUGAAAAUGGACUUGCCGAGAUGUUGGAUUUACCGCCUUGGAGUUUAGGAAAGACACAUUCAGCGAAAGCGUUGAGAUUGAGAUCGCGCGAUGCCAGUUUCGGCGCAGUGUUGCCAUUUUUGGACGGGAUCUAGGAGUGUGUGAUGGCUGCAGUCCAGCGAAUCGCUGGCCUUCCCUUUCUCUAGUUUACUGGAUGUGUUGGGAAGUGCACUGCUUUGGGAUCAUUUGCGGAAUUCCGUGCGCAAAUCCACUUUCCACCCUGCUCCAUGGAAUGUACAUAAGUAUUCUCAGGAUAGGGGUUUGCAUGUGGGGGCAAAAUGUGGGCGACUGGGAUGUUGACAUCAAUACGUUGAGGCUGCUGUUUCCCUUUUCCCCACAUCCCUGCAGUCUGAGUGAUCAGAUGUUACUGUGACAAACCUGGGCCGCUGGCACUAAAAUGUCCCUAAGUGGUGGCACUGCAGGCGGGAAAGGUGUGGACUCGAAUGCGGUGGACACUUACGACAGCGGUGAUGAGUGGGAUAUCGGGGUUGGAAAUCUGAUUAUUGACCUUGACGCUGACCUAGAAAAGGACAAACUCGAAAUGUCUGGCACUAAGGACGGAGGCGGAAUGGCAGCCCCACCUAGCGCCGUCGCUGCUCUACCAGACAAUAUCAAAUUUGUUAGUCCCGUUAGCGCCCCUCAGGGCAAAGAGAGCAAAUCCAAAUCUAAACGCAACAAAAACUCUAAAGACAAUAGCAAGUCUCCCGCUUCAGACGGAGCGAAAAAAGAGCAUCAGGGACGAACGCAAGGGGAAGUUACCGGUGCGACAGGGAGUGGCAACUCCACGCCUGGAAAAGGCAACGAGAAGGGUGCGAAAUCCUCCCGUGGUGUACCGAACAGCAAAAAGGAGAAGGACGUAUCGAGUGGGAAAAGUAAAAAGGACAAAAGCGAAAGCGGACCAGUUGCUGUCAUUGCAAUCGAGAAGGAAAUUGUUGCAAAUGCUCAGGCUUUUGGAAGCGCGCGCAACACUGCUUUUGACAAUACGCAGAAUGCGGACUCUGUGACAGAGCAACUGGGGAAUAAUGCCUUGGAAUCUGUUGGAAUUGUCUCUCCAUUAGCUAUUAAAUCGGAACCCGAGGAGCUGGAUGGUGGCGAGUGCAGAGCUUUGAAGAAAGUGAAAAACGAAAAGAUGGAGUCUCCGGUCUCCACCCCCGCCCCUCCACCUCUUCACCUCCUUGGAAACAGUGACAUUGCCUCACCUUGUGAGCAGCUGAUGGUGCGCACACGCUCAGUGGCUGUAAACACGACUGAUGUGGCCCUGUCCACGGAGCCAGAGUGCCUCGGGCCCUGUGAGCCUGGCACCAGCGUCAACCUGGAGGGCAUUGUGUGGCAAGAGACGGAGGAUGGUAUGCUGGUGGUCAAUGUUACUUGGCGGAACAAGACAUACGUCGGAACACUUUUGGAUUGUACCCGCCAUGACUGGGCUCCUCCAAGGUUCUGCGAGUCUCCCACAAGUGACCUGGAGAUGAGAAAUGGGCGCGGCCGUGGUAAGAGAAUGCGACCCAACAGCAACACCCCAAUUAAUGAGAACAGCAACAACUCAUCGGAUAACAAGGGCAGCAACAGCAGUAAGACCAGAACAAGUUCCAAUACCAAGGGUCGCCGUGGCAGCCAGAACUCGUCUGAGCGCAGGACACCGCCCAAUAGUAACACGGAUGACAUAAAAGCCAGCCCCUCCUCAGCUGGCAAGCGCAAGAACAAGCCUGCAUCAGACAUGGAGCCCAACUCAAGCUCUGAGGACUCGAAAGGCACCAAGCGCAUGCGUACAAAUUCAAAUAGUGGAAUGAUGCCAACGCUUCCAAUUCCCAUCAUCAAACCAGAGUCACUUCCUCCUCCUCUAGACCGAAGCUGUUCCUCACCUGUAUUGAUUGACUGCCCACAUCCCAACUGCAACAAAAAGUACAAGCACAUAAAUGGCCUAAAGUACCAUCAAGCUCGUGCUCAUAAUGAUGAUGAUAUUAAGUUGGAAAUGGAUGGGGACAGCGAAUAUGGUGAAGAAUCUUCUCUUCACCCAGAGCCCAGAAAUUGUAACGGAGCUUCAAUUACACAAAAAAGCUCUCUUUCACCAGCACGCUCUUCUACACCUAAAGGGAGAGGGUUUGAUGCUCAAAGUCCAUCACCCUCUCCUGGAAAGUUUGGCUCCAAGUCAAAGAAGAAGAAUGGUGAUGCUGAAGCAGAAAUUUGUGGCACUCUAAUGGAGGGUUGUGAGGAUGGGCCUUGCCUUACUGCCGAUGAGACUAGCAAUGACGGCAUGGAGGACAGGAAGUCCAAAAAGCCAAGCAGCGGUGCCAAGUCUGACAAGCUUUCCCAGAAGAACAAGUCCUCCAGGCCCAUGGCACCAUCCCUGCCCUCUCAGCAGGUGUACUCUCUGCAGUCGACAUCAUUCAGUAGUGGAAGCCCCAACCAUCCUCCAGGGAUGGGCAACAUGUUGCAAGGCGUUCCCAGGAGUCCCCAGCUGAAGGGUAUUCAGUCAAAACUGGGUGUACCUGGGGACUCCUCACCAAUUAAUCCAGCUUUGAGCAACUCCAAGGACAAAAAGAAAAAGGACAAGAAAAAGAAAGAUAUUGGCAAGGAUGCAGACAGCCCCAAGCUUCCAGGGAAAGGUGGAAAGGUUGAAGAUGGAAAAAGCCCAUAUUCUGAGUCUUCCGACCCAGGAAGCAGGAGCGAGGGUCAUCUAAAUGGCUCCUCGGACCCUCAUCAAAGUCGCCUAGCCAGCAUGAAGGCUGAGGCAGAUAAGAUAUACAGUUUCACGGAUAAUGCUCCCAGUCCAUCCAUCGGGGUGGCCAGUCGGGUGGAUGGCAGCGGGCAGCCCCUCACUCCUCUCCAUGUAGUCACCCAGAACGGGGCUGAUAGCUCUUCGGUAAAGACGAACAGUCCUGCAUACUCUGACAUAUCUGAUGCUGGAGAGGAUGGUGAAGGCAAAGUGGAAGGGGUCAAAAGCAAGGCAGAAGAUAAGUCGAUUAGGGAUGGCGCAAAGAAGGCACUCUUUCCUGCACAGGCAUCAAGUAAAGAGUCCUCGUAUUAUGCUAGCUAUGACAAUUACUAUUCUCCCAGUUACGCCAACUCAAGCCCUGGUGGUACCACUGCUGGUGCACCAGUGCCGGACAGCCAAGCUGUGAAACUGAAAAAGGAGGAUGAGCAAGAGUCAGUAGAAGAAAAGGCAAAGGUAGAGGCACCAGAUGAGCGCAAACCUGAGGUCGCUUCAAGUCAGCCACACCUACAACAACAAGCCUCGGUCAUCCAGCAGCGCUCCAAUAUGUACAUGCAGCCACUCUACUACAACCAAUACUACGUCCCCCCUUACGGAUACCCAGACCAGGUUUAUCACAACCAUCUCAUGAACACUAAUCCAACCUACAGGCAACAGUACGAGGAGAGGCAGAGACUUAUGACUGAGCAGCACAGAUCUGCUGAAAAGAAGCCUGAUUUAGGUGUGAAGGACAGGGAAGCCUCCAUGAAGGAGGACUGGAAACAGAAGGGCCCUGUUCCUCCAAGCCUUACAAAAGCCCCCAGCCUUUCAGAUCUGGGAAAGCCACAGAAUCCUGGCAAGCAGAGAGACUCUUCCUCUGAACCUGUCAAGUCAGUCAUCAUCCCUAAAGGGGAGGAGGCCAAGCUGCAGCCCCAACAAGCUGAGGGGCUUAAAAUGAAGCUCAGUGAAGCUGGCCAUCAUGGAAAGAAUGACUCAAAGGCAAGCGUAGAGUCUGCCAGGCUGGGAAUGGAGCAGGCCAUGUGGUACAGACAGUACCCUGAGAGUCAGAGACCACCAGAUGAGGAACGAGACCGCGAGCGGGACAGAAAAGGCAGAGAUGAGAGGCCCAGACUGAAGGACAACAGCUCCAAAGAUGAGAAUAAAGACGGAACUGAUGCUUUAUGUCCUCCCAUCGCAGAGGACCAGCGAAGUGGAGGGAAAGAUCCUCGGCCUAAUGCCCACAUGCCUUUCAGCUCUCCCUUGGCACAGCACCAGCCCUACCUGCAUUAUAUGCAUGGAUAUCCUUUUGGGCAAGGCUAUGACCCCGGCCACCCUGGAUACAGGGGCAUGUCCUCAGUGAUGAUGCCCAACUACCCAGGGUCCUAUCUACCAGCCGGAUAUCCUUUUUCUCCAUACGGCAGUAAAAUGGGCAGCGGAGAGGAAGGAGAAAAAUCACGCUCCAGCCCCACAGUCAGCAGCAAGUCAGCUUCAGAGUCCAAAGCCUUGGAUAUACUGCACCAACACGCAAACCAGUACAAGAGCAAAUCGCCCACCGUCGCCGACAAGCCUUCCCAUGAAAGGGAGCGGGGAGCUGGGGACCGAGACCGGGAGAGAGAAAGAGAGAGGGAGAGAGAAUUAGAUAGACCACGCUUAUCUCCCUCCCAACGUAUGAUGCCACCCCAUCACCUAGGAUAUCCUAUUGUAGCCGGACAGUACGAUCUGUCAUAUGCCACAGGCCUUUCGUCGUCAGCAAUUGUUGCCAGUCAGCAAGCCUCGGCCCCCUCCCUGUACCCACCAGCACGGAGGUGAGAAUGGGAAACCUGAUUGUCUCACCCUUCUUUACAAAUAAACAUGUGACUGGAUCACAUGGGGAAGAAUAUGGAGUUCAUUUAGACAUCAGUUGACUGGUGUUUCUAUAUUUUUAUUUUUCCUGCCGGAAUGUGUGGCAGAUGGAUGUUUUUCCUAGCAUCUGUACCUCAUACCCCCACUGCAGACUGUGAGACCAGGUUCAAAGCCAUCCUACCCCUGCUUAAAGCCCAGCUGGCCACUUAACUAUACCUGUGAACAGGUGAGGAACUUCAGAGACUGAACUGAUGAACAGCCUGAAGUCAUAGUCCUUACCAAUGCAGGCCAUGGCCAGAUAUGAGGACUCGAGGGGAAUCAAGAACUCAAAUAACUGAAAAUAGAGACGACUAAGGUUGAUUCCCUUUUUAUUUUAGUUUGCAUCCUCACUGAAAAAAGUCAAUCUGUUUGACCCACGGAUUUUGAGUUGUUUUCCUCUAGAUACCACAAGUGAAAACUGCAGAUAAUUUCUAGCAUUGUCUCAUAAAUCUGUUUUUCUAUCAAUGGAUCCUGAACGGGUCUAAUUGCCACAAGCCUCAAGACUGCUCUUGUACAUCAUCAGCAUGGUUUGGUGCAAAGAAAAAUACAAAAUCCAUGUUUGCUUGUUUUUAAAUUUUUUUUAAUUGGGUCUUAAACUUCUGGUUUGUUACCAUUAUUGAAAUAUCUGGUAGGUCAUACCACUCUGCUGGAACUCUACUAAGUUAUGACGGUCUUCAUGCUGUUUAAGUGCGGCAUUUCUUCAACUGAAACAUCAGUUACAGCCUCCAUCACUCCAACAGGAGCUGGAGAGAAGCGUCAGUCCUUGUCUCAUUUAGACAGUUUUGAAGUUAGUCUUCAAUAUGUUUGCAAAGCAUUGCCCACCAUUCACACCAUAAGCAAGACUUUUUACCCUCAAAUCAGCCCUCAGUUUGUGAAAUAAGACGUCCGGUGUGCACUGUACCAUCAGGGUCUGUUUACUUUUUGCCUAUGAUUCCAGCACGGUUAUCCUUCUUAACUUGAAUUUGAAUAUUUCAGAUCUUUACUCGACGUCACUAUGGUUCUUAAAAUGGGUGUUUGUUAACGUGACAUGGUAUAGUAAGUUCUUUUAUAGAGACGCUUAUGUGGUGACCAUUGGGCGUGUGACGCCAGAGGCCCAGUAGUUUCGUUCGACUUGUCCUGACGUUCUUUGCAUGGGGCCACUCUAUUCCUUGACACUUAUUGUUAAAGUGUUUUGAUAACUCCCAGCGUGCUUAAUGAAACCAAGUGAGCAUUUGAACUGAACAUGCUUUCAUAGCCCAUCAUGCUCUGUGUAUUUUUGGUCCGCAUGGUCUACUAUAGCACUAGAGAUGUGACUUUGAACAUUUUCUCCUCAGGCAAAGCGAACGGCGGUUUCGCACCAAACACUGUUGUGAUUCUCGGUAAUUCACACUCUAUAUGCCGUCUGUAUAUGGUGUACAGACGGACUGUUUUAAAAAUGCAAUCAAGAAACCAUCCUCUUAUACUUUGUUACUUUUUGUUUGGAAAUCUGUUUCUAGGGUGUGUUGUUAUUUCCUCCACUGCUUUAAAUGCCAUAGCUUUGUAUUGGUUUGCUGCCGCAGUGCUUGCUGCUUUUUAACAUUCUGGUGGUCAUGUUCCAAACUCUUGAAUUAGACUCAUCCUACAAUCUCUCCUGAAAGUGUCACAGGUAUUUCAAGCGGUUUUGCCUGCCUAUUCUACCCCGAGUGAUUUGGGCAGGUAGAUUUUAAACAGGCUAUGUUGGACAGGGGCCAAUGACAAACAUGUUUUUGGAUAAUCAUUUUGGUGCAUGCACUUCCUUUUCAAUAUUGAAGUCACAAUAAGUAAAGCAGCUACAGCAUUAAAGCACCAUGGUACACUAAAACUUGCAUUGCAAUCCAAAUAAAUCAGAACAAUACAAUAUAAUGUGCAUCAUCUGGGACAUAUUUUUGAUCCUCACGAUUGUCGGUUGUUAGACUUUUAGCAGCCAUCAGGAAACAUGCCACUUGUAAAUUUAAUUUAAAAUGCUGCUUAGUCUGCUUUGAUGUCAACUAGGUGGAAGCAGUGCACUGUGCAUGCUUUGCGUCAUUUCAUACGAUGGACUAGCACCUCUGUCUAAUGCGUUUCAUCCCAUUGCCCCUCGAAGACAGUUUAUCACCGAGUAUCAGGCCCCCGGUACUUAAAAGAUGUUUACAUUUUUUAAAUGUCUUUGUUUGAAAUAAUUCUUUGCCUGUAUCACCCAAUCCCUUCUGUUCUGUUCCGCUCUUGGACUGUUCUCUUAUGUAAAGUGUACAUUACCACGUUUCUUUUUUGAUACAAUACUGUAACUUGCCUUUGUACAUUUAGGCAAAAAAUAAUAAAUCUUUUUAU